AUGUUGCAGUUUUUUGGUCCAAAAUUUUGGCCACGCCAAUUCCUCGUGGGAAAAACUUCGGAGCCCUCGCUUUUCGAGCUUGAUCCCUGCACGAUGAAACAUGCACGUUCCAAACUCUACAAAGCUGCGGCUGCAGCCAAAGUUAAAUCUCUGCUCCAGGACGAGGCAACCGAAAUGGAGAAACAGGAACAACAAACUCCUACAGGCAAAAAUGGCAAGCCUCUUGGUCUUCGUACAAUUUGCGACCGAAUCAGUGCCGCACAUCUGCAAAAGACUGGGCAACAUGUUACCUUAUCACACAGUACUCUCUGGAAGCAUACUCAUGGGGGAACAAAGUUGUCUGACUUCAAUGCCGAGAAGAGCUGGCUUACAGAAACUGAAGCAACUGUUCUCAUCGACUAUGCUCUCGAGAUGGCUGCACGGAACUUUCCCUUCAGCAAUAGGUGCCUCAAGGAACAUGCAGACAAGAUCAUUCGAGCGGGACAGGGCAAAAGAAAUGAUGCUGAAGAUGUCGAACCCGUUGAACCUGGCAGGGAGAGCGACGACGACACUCAGAGCGGUGAGGAGGACGAGGAAUGA